AUGCUUCGCCAUCGGCGUCCAAAAACCAAUAAUAACCCACUAAAUGUACCUAAAACUGUCUUUUUUUUUUUUUUAAGAACUAAAAAACUUUUCGCUCGUUGAUUUUAGACCUCCUUAAAUAUAAUCUCUCAGACUCAGUUUCUUUUUAAUUAAAAAUCCGAAAUAAUAUUUCCUUACUCUGUAAGGAACAAAUAAUCUUUUCUUCGUCUACGACUCUAAGGUUGUUUUUUUUUUUUGUUUCGAUUUAUUGGGUUGAUUGAUUAUCCACCGAUCAACAAGCCACCCGCUUGCGAGCUAUGUUCAGGUUCUGGGGUUCACAGGAGCAACAAGCUCAGCCACAUCCACAAGAGGAUUCUUCACAUUCUUGGUAUCCUCCUCCUGGUGUUAGCUCCACAAAUUCUUCCCGGCCUUCAACGCCAGGUAGCAGUGCAUCUAACAGCUUCAACUUACAGAGGCCUUCAGAAAGGCCACAUUCUCCCUCACAAGUUUCACCCUCUGAAGCUGCAGGAAUCAUUGCUCUUUUAAAGGACAAAAGUGUUGAUGAAUUACGGAAGCUUUUGUCUGACAAGGAUGCAUACAAUCAGUUCUUACUAUCAGUUGACCAGGUUAAAAUCCAAAACAAUAUAAGAGAUGAACUUCGGAAGGAGACUUUGCAGCUUGCAAGGAACAAUUUGGAUAAAGAACCACAAAUAAUGGAGCUAAGAAACCAGUGCAGGAUUAUCUGGACAACAGAGCUUGCCGCAGCUUUGGAAAAACUAAAUGAUCUUGAGAGGCAGAAAGAAGAGAUCCUGAAGUUCUACUCCCCAGCAUCAUUUAUCAACAGGCUUCAAGAUGCAAUGAAUGAGACAGAUAAGGAAUCAGAAAUGGUGAACAGGCAACUCCUUGAGAAGGAGAUAGAUCUGGGAACUUUCGUGCAGAAGUACAAGAAGCUCCGGACCAGUUACCACCGCCGUGCUCUCAUCCACCUUGCGGCUAAAACAUCUAUCUGAUGAUGGAAACAGGUGGAGAUGUUUGUUGAUUUGUAUACCUUAAGAUUUGAGAGGAGGUUAUGUUGGCUGUUGUUGGUGAAACGAAAAGUUCAUACAUUCUCGCUUUGUUUUAGGCCAAAAGUCCAAAGUAAACCUAUAAACUUUUUCGUAUCAAUUAAAUCCUUUGUGGUUUUGUUGUGUUUGAUUUGAUUAUUCUGCAUUGUUCUUGUUCUCAGCUAUGUUGAGAAGAAAGGCAUGGUUAUCUAGUAGAUGUAAAUAUUUAUACAUGGAUUUGUAUACGGCAGUAUGUUAAUGUUUUCGUUUUCUGUA